AUGAAAGACCAAUUCGACAAACUCAACUUUGAAGACGAUGUUACGAUGAGCGGUAAUAAAACCUUCAAGGAAAACAUCGCCGACCACGGAGGCCUGCGCGAGGCUCUAUUUGCCUACGACCUUUUGAAACAUCGCCAGACGAACAACAGCCUCCCAGACCCUGAACCUCACCUGCCAGGUCUCACUAACUACUCGCACAAGCAACUAUUCUUCCUGGGCUUUGCCAAUAGAAGCUUUGAGAGUCGGCUCGGCAAAAUGCAGAACGUGUUCAGUGUUGAAUCAAAAAAUGGGAAGAAAAUGCGCCAAUCGGGCAUCAGCCGGCUUAUCAUUUUGCUUGUGGUCUUGGUCCUGAUGUUUGCGGUGAUUUCUGCAAUCUUGAUCAUCGAAUUGAACAAACAAGUUCCUGGAAAAAUCGAGGAAAAGGUCCAAACCAAUGUUUGCACGUCGGACGAAUGCAUCUAUUCAGCCAGCAGCAUUAUUUCAUCCAUGGAUUCAAGUGUCGAUCCCUGUGACGAUUUUUACAUGUUUGCUUGCGGCGGAUACAUCGAGACUCACCCAAAUUCGGGAAAAGAAUCAUCAAACGACGGUGGGGGUAACAAGCUGGAAGAAAUUGUUCACUAUCGAAUCAAAAAAAUCUUUAACGAAGGAAUUUCACCUUCAAUGCCUGAAACCGUGAAACAGACGAUUGACUACUACGACAAAUGCAUUGACGAAGACACGCACAAUAAGAUUGGGCUGGAGCUAGUGUUCAGGAAGCUCGAAUCGAUGGGGUUGCCAAGAAUACAUCCAAUGCAAAAACUGGAGUUCAACCACAAAAUCGAUAUUAUUACUCCGUGGCCCAAGGUCUUGAUUCGAGGAGACAAAAUAACUGGCAAAACUCCGUUCUUUUCCAUUGAAAUUGAACUGAAGAACGGAAAAAGAUAUUUGGCGUGCAAAAAUCAAGAGCAAGUAUUUGAUAGGUGGAUAUUUGAGACUUUCUUCAAAACGCUCAACAGUCACUUUAAGAAGGAUGUAAUUAAAGUCAAUGUAGCACAUCAUGAACUUAUCGACUUUCAAGAUAAGCUGUCGAAAUUUCAAUUCAAUGAUCAAGGUCAAACUUGGAUGAGUGUGGCUGAACUGCAGAAGUUGACGGAUGAAAAUGUUACACUGUUUGACUGGAACGAGUUCCUGACGAGCUACUUGGAAGACUCCAUUUUUAUGUUCAACCUGGAGAAGGACAAAAUCCUUGUAAAAAAUAACGUAAAACAUCUGUUUGAUUUGCUGAAGAACACGUCCGCUCUGGUGUUAGAUUUCCACAACUGGUUCUUCUAUUUCUUCUCGAUGGCUCCUUACUCAACGACUCGCUUUCGAGAUAGAUACGAUAAGGUGGACCUUUUCCCCGACAUCUCCGGUCCUAAUCCAAAAGACACGAAGGAGAGGUGCAUCGGGAAGGCCCGCGACCUUUUCCCGGACGCAAUCACAUAUGCAUACCUGAGUAAAUACUUUGACGUGGAAAGAAAGCAAAAGACGGAGGCGAUGGUAAAUGACAUUCACCAGGCAUUCAUCCAGCUGAUCAAAGGUCUAGACUGGAUGGACGAACCAACUAAAACAAUCGCCCUGGAAAAACUUGAUGCUGUCCAGGCGAAUGUUGGAUAUCCGAAUUGGUUGUUCGUUCCAGGAGCUCUUGACGAGCGAAACAUCUUUAUUAAGGAUGUCAAAGGAGACUGGCUUACCAUGAAUUUGGAAAAAGACAUUGUGCUUACCAAAAAAUUCGCUAUAAAGAAAUACUUCUCACACUGGACAGGCUUAUCCAGUACUGUAGUGGAUGUUCAAUAUGGGGAAGACGUCGUGAUUUGUCGAAUUAUCGAAACAAACGGAAAUAAAAAUUGGUGGUCAAAAGAAACCGAGAAAAAAUUCACUGAGCGCGUCCAUUGCAUGAUCAACCAACUAAUCAAAUUAAUCUACCCUGAUCUAAAACCCAGCGUUAAGCUGAACGGCACUUUGCCCGUCAGUGAAAACUACGCCGACCACGGAGGCCUGCGUGAAGCUCUAAUCGUCUACGACCUGUUGAAAUAUCGCCAGACGCACAACGGCACUCACGUCCUCCCUGACCCUGAGCCUUACCUGCCAGGUCUCACUGGCUACUCGCACAAGCAACUUUUCUUCCUGCGCUAUGCCAAUAUGUGGUGUAAAAAUGAAGCUCCAAGCGAAAGGUUCAACCCUGCUCGUCAUAGGGUCCUAGGCACCCUGAUAAACAGCAAGCACUUUGCUGAAGCGUGGAAAUGCCCUGCUGGAUCGAAAAUGAAUCCGGUUGACAAGUGCAUCCUCUGGUAG